UUUGUGUACAUUGACGCGGUGUGAUCGGCAUCCGGAGAAAGACAACGGCUCUUGGAAGCUAGAGACGAGAAAUCGCUGAUCUUUGUAUUUGAUGUGUACCUGCGGUGCAUAUUUUAAGGCGCGUUUGUCUAACGAUCAGGGCUGAUCCCAACAGGCCUCCCCUCGUCGGCUGAGCCGCCUCUCGUCAAUAUUCGCUAAUGGGAGGUCGGCUAACUUGACGAUGACGAUGAUGGUGAUGAUGAUGAUGCAUCAGAGGAUUUAUCCCGGUGUCUGACUGAGAUGGAGCCAGCGGCGCUCGAGUGGAGUCGCUUGCUAGCCAGCUAGCGAGCUAACGGUGCCCUCCGGGAUUGAGCGUGUUCCCAAGCAGUCCGCGUUUUAAAGCUAAAUGGGUGCAGCCGCAGUUUUAUCGCGCAGUAUUUCCACCUUUGACCCCCACGUUUGAUAGCCCGACCAUGCCGACCUGCAAAUACUGCUAACUUAACCUCCUGGGUUGGGUACACGUGACAGCGUUUAUCUCGCUCCAACAAUUAGCUGCACCUUCGGCCGUCCUUGGAUGCUUCAGUGACGGUAACCGGACGGUGUGUAUCAGGAUGGCACAGCUCUUGGAUGGGGCCGGGAAACUGGUCUGGGUUCUCCUCAGAUCCGUGCUCCGUUUCACUUUUAUGUUCAUCAACAACUGUGUAGCCAUCCCAUCCUACUGCUUGUACCUGAUGCUGCUUCAACCCCUGAGAAUAUGGGACCGCUCCGUUUUCUGGCACAUUGAAGGCAUCAUGUUCAAGUGGUUGCUGGCCAUGGUGUCUUCAUGGGGUUGGGUUGCAGGUUAUACAGUAACAGAAUGGGGUGAUGAUGUGCGGCCGAUCUCCGAGGAAGAAGCCAUGGUCAUCGUCAACCACCAAUCAACAGGAGAUGUGUGCACACUCAUGAUGUGCCUGCAAGACAAGGGAACGGUGGUACGAAAAAUGAUGUGGCUGAUGGACCACGUGUUUAAAUACACCAACUUUGGCCUAGUGUCCUUGAUCCAUGGGGACUUCUUCAUUAGACAGGGUAAAGCUCACCGAGACAAGCAGCUGGUUUACCUGAAAGAGCACCUAGAUAGAUACUACCACAGCCGUGACAGGAAGUGGAUAGUGCUGUUUCCUGAGGGCGGCUUUCUUCGCAAGAGGCGGGAAACGAGCCAGUUGUUCGCCAAGAAGCACUCGCUCCCCCAUUUGACCCACGUCACUUUGCCUCGUCUCGGGGCCAGCCACGUCAUACUGAAAACUCUGGGAGCCCAGCAGGAGAACGGCAGUGUGGGCGGCGACACCAGCAUGCUGAACACGACAGCUAAUAAACGUAAAGGCUUGCAGUGGGUUAUAGACAUGACCAUAGCGUACCCCAAAGCAAGACCGAUGGACAUCCAGACCUGGAUCUUUGGCUACAGGCCUCCUACAGUCACACAUGUACAUUACAGGAUGUACCCGAUAAAAGAGGUUCCUGUGGAGGCUGAGGCCCUGACUGACUGGCUAUAUCAGAGGUUUGUGGAGAAAGAAGAUCUACUGGCCCAUUUCUACGACACAGGAUCAUUCCCUCCUCCAGAAGGACAGAAGGAGGCGGUUUCCCGGCAGAUGACCCUCGACCCAGUGUGGCUGUGCCUGAUCCAGUCGUUUGCUUUCGCCUCAGGCUACAUGUGGUACAGCGUCCUCCAGUACAUCUACUGCUGUUUAUUCUGAGUGCGCUGAUGAGACGGGAGUCUUUAUUGGACCACUGGGAGAGCCUCAGGAUUGGAUGGUGUGUGGCCCAAGUGUCAUACAUAACCCCCCUCCCCCCAUACGAUGGAUGAAUGUACAAUUUUCAGAGGCGAGACUUGACAGGAAAACAUAUGAAGACAAAGUACAAAAACACGCAGAUUACACACAAACCCCAUACAAUAUGAAACUGGUUACAGGCAUAGUUAACUAACUUUAACACAACCCUAACACCCCACACACACACACACACACACACACACGAGAGAGGCGGCCUAGCAGAAUAAUCUCACUUGUCACGACCCACAUUUUGAUGUUUACACGUCCUCAUACAUGUAGACACUCACACGUACAUGACUUUUGUUUCAAAGGUAACGAUAUGAGGCUCAGGACUCCUCCAGAAGAUGCUCUGGACUGGACUCUUCCCCCCUCUCCCCCCUCCCAGGCUUUCGCCGCAGUAGUUUUACAGAGUAAAGUGUGAAUGGAUGCGAAUGCGUGUGCAGGAAUAUGUGUGACCAGAAGCAUCAUGUCUGCCCUUAUUCUUCCUUCUGGCGAGAGUCGACGAAGCCCACCGGACAUCUUUCGGUCCGCUGAUGAGUCAGCUGGCUACAUUUUGCAGAGCGAGCGGCCGUACGAACGCUGAGGCCGAGCAGCCGGCCGCUCCUCUGACUGUCAUUGCACUAAGGAUCCAUACUGCCCUAACUGCUCCCUGCUCCAGGAAAACCUCCUGAACGGUAGCUGUCGGUGUUUUCUUCUUUUUUUUCUCCUCCCUUAGCCUGCAUAUCUUCACAACGGCCACUGUAUUUGUUGUUGAUGUCUAUUUUUUUCUUUUUUCUUUUUUUUCUUUUUCUAAAGUGUUCUUUGUUUUUUCUCUCUCUUGUCUGGACUCUUUUUUUCCGUGUCCGUGAGUUUGCUGAGAAACGGGGGGAUCAUGUUUACACUGGUGGCUUGACUGAAAACGCUAAAAGGGACGAUGGCUAUAAUGUGGCGCUUGAUUAAGGGAUUGGAUUUUCUUUUUCUUUUUUUCCUCCCUUGGUGAGAUUUGAUGUAACACUUAUUUCAAAUGAAACAAAAAGAAAAGUACUGGCAAGAUUUUGGAUUUGAAAAAAGUAACCCUACUUUCUCUGCUUUCCAAAAUAAAUACCGAUACAGCAGAGGAUCGCUUCAGCAAGACUGAGAAGGCAGAGACACUGUUCCCCCAUCGGACUACGUAGUUUUACAAAUAUUUAAGCCAUAUGCUUAUUGUUGUCGAGGUGGGGAAAAAGACACGGAAAAUAAACAUGAUUUUUAUAGAAAGAUACCCUAAUGCAUUCUACAAUAGAAAUUUUGGCUUACAGAACUAUAGGUGUCAUCAUUACUGUAAAUUUACAGCAUAACCUGCCUAAGUGAGUGUGUGGUCGUCUUUAUUUCCCCCCCAACACCCCCAUCCAACCAUUGUUGAUAUAUGAUUCAAGUUGUAUUGCUCUGUGUUGUCAGAGUGUGGCUGCGGUUUCAAAUUUUUAGUUUCUUUUUAAAUUACUUGAACUGCUCUGUCCUCAUGUCCCAGUAUGUUUAAAUCUUGUAUAUAACAAAGCUGAGGAAAUGUGUGAAAUGACUGAAGCCUGUCUCUCUUUUCUUUGUUUCUUUUUGGUUCGUGAACAUUUCAAAACAAUUUAUUUCAAGAUAUGAAUGUUUUUUUUAAAAAAAAUAGGAAGAAAGCAAGGAUUUUAUCCCCUCCCCCUCUUCACUUAUCAGUGUUAUCCCGUAUUGUUUUGACCAGGAAGUUGACGUGUGAUCCGUUUCUGUGAGGUUAUAGCUGCUGUAGGUCCAUGUGAAAAGCGACACACGGUCCCAGUUUUGCGGGAAAAACUAUUAACGCCUUACCAGAUGUUCUGGUUGACCACAGUCCUCUGAAUAAUGCUGUUCCCUCGCUUUAAACGCUCGACAAACGUUGCUGUGAGGAAAGAUUUUGGGGUGUCCAGGUAAAACUGGUCCAGUGAGGGAGAAAUCUCUGAGGGGGAAACUCCACCAGGGCCCCUGCGAAGAUGCAGAUGUUCUCUCUCGAAUGUACUCAUGUUGUGGUUUUGCUUAGCCUGCUUUAAUAUGAAAAUGAUUGAGGAGCAGUGAUUAUUAUUGUUGUAAAAAAAAAUGCCCAAAAGGUGCAUUUCUAGUAGCUGCUGCCCUCCCUCUGUGCCACUGUUGAUUUAAAUAAAAAAUAAAAAUAAAAAAAUGUGUGAAAUGCAAAAAAAAAAAGGGCUACCUGGCUAGUUAGGUAGGUGAAAACAUGUAAAAUCAGGCUGUAAUGGUGUUUCAUCCUUUGACCCUUUCAGAUUCCCCUCCAUUGUGAGCGUGACUUAAACUGAAGCAUUUUUUAAAAUCUUUUUUUCCCCCUCUUUUUUCAAUUUGUUGACCAUGUUUCCAAAGAAGGCAGGGAAAUCAUGUUUUCCUAGAUGUGGUUUUAGGACAUAAACACAAUAGGGAUUUAAACAAAUUAUACUAGAACUGUCUGUAAUUUUCCAUUUUGUACUUCUCCUUUAAUUCCUAGCUACACAGCCAUUUUACAACACAAACAAACUUGUGCUGGAAUAAAACAUAAAGAUCCUAACGGUGUGCUUCUCGUCAAUGUAUUCUUGCACUCUUAAAAAAACAAAAAAAACAAGUCGUAUUGGGUUAGAGCCCUUUUUGCUUUUAUUCAUGGCUUCAACAAGGUGCAUGACACGGUUUUUGGAGAUUUAUCAUAUGUGGCACCCAGUGUGGUCUUC